AUGGUGAUUUUCGUAAAUGGAGGGAAGUCUUCAGUUUCAGAGAUUGUUGACGCGUCGACAUCUCUUAUCGACUACAUAGUUCUUGGAAGGGGUGUUCCUGGUCAGGUUCCGAAAUUAGUGUUGCUCCAGUUUAAUAAGUUAUUUAGCACUUUCUUUUGGGGCUCUAUUAAUGGGAGUCCCAAGAGGAAAUUGAUUAAAUGGGAAAGAUUAUGCAAACCUGUGGAUGAAGGAGGGCAUCUGCUGGAGAUUUGUCCAUCCAGAGGCACCAGGUUUUGGAAAGCAAUUGUAAAAGAGAUUCAUGUUGUACUUUCACAUUCCAAGUGGAAGAUUAAGGAGGGGAACGUGUUGUUGUGGAGAGACAGUUGGCUUAAUUCUGGACCGCUAAUGGAGCAGUAUCCGAUGGUGGGAGAUCUGGAAUUGAAGCUAGUAGGGCCUGAGAAAAAGGAGGAAAUAGUCAAUGAAAUCAGUAGUGGGAGGACUGGUAAGGAUCAGCUUAUUUGGUUAGAAAAUUCGAAUGGGUCUUUCACGACUAAAACCGCCUGGUCUUUUGUUUGGAUUAGUAACCCUAAAUGUCAAUGGUCGGAUUGGAUUUGGAAUUCAGCUUUACCAAAGAAAUUUUCUGUGCUUAUGUGGAAGGCCUUAAACUCAUGCCUUGUUGUGGAUAAUCGUAUAAGGAGACUUGGUGUGUCUUUAGUCUCGAAAUGUGAAUGUUGUCGGGAAGGUGCUGUUGAGGAUAUUAAUCAUGAGUUAUAUAGUGGGAAUAUUGCUAAGGCUAUAUGUAAGUUUAGUUCAAAUACUUUGGGUAUCCCGUUUGUCCCGUUUCGGUCUUGGAGGGCAACUGUUGAGGCUUGGUUUCGAAGAGCAUCGAAGUCGUCUCAAUUAGGUACUCUUAUUGGAGUUAUACCUGUCAUCAUCACAUGGAAUUUAUGGAAGUGGCGAUGUACUACGCGGAUGGAAGGUAGGAAAGAGAAGGUUCAGGUUCUAUGGAGAUUGAUAAAGUAUUGGAUUAAUUGGGUGGGUAUUAAGAUUCAUAAGGAUUCCCGACUAGUGGAAAAGGAUGUACAGAUCUUGAAGUCUUUGAAUCUUUCUAUUAAUUCAAAAAAGAAUGAGAUUUUAAUGGCAGUAAGAUGGGAGAGGCCGAAGAAAGAUUGGUUUAAACUGAAUGUGGAUGGAAGUAGUAUUAAUAAUCCUGAAAUUUUGGGUGCCAGGGGAGUAGUAAGAAAUGAGCUUGGGAAGAUGGUUUUUGCGAUUGCCGAAUCCAUUAGAAGUGGUAGCAAUAAUCUUGCGGAAGUUAUAGCCUUGAGAAGAGGGCUUGAGCAUUGUAAAAGAUUGGGGCUUAAUAAUAUAAUUAUUGAAAUGGACUCGCUUUUGGUUGCUAAUUGGGUUCAGGACGGAAGAUGUAGUCUUUGGACUUAG